CUAUGAUGCGCCCUUGUUUUGUACGUGAAGCCUGCGACACAUGCAGGCUCCCAGUGUUAGCGCAUGCAGGAAGUACAAAGCUUUGGUAAUAUGUUGAAGUUUGACUAAUACAGUUCCAAAAUUAAGCGCCUCCUGCACGCAAAAGCGGACGUGCUUGCAUGCAGCUGCGGACAGAUAACAUGGUAGCCGCGCAUGUACGUGCAGCAAGCAUCUAUGUAUGCUUACAAACGACCUACAGCUUAGAUACACUUUGAGUUUCGUCCACAGUUAGCUGCGCUGGCUGCGGCCCCCGUCGCCGGUUGGUCAAGGAACGGGGCCUUGAGCCUUGGGGACGCUGCUAUCCGACCCAAAUCGUGCUUUACCUCGCGCCCGUCGACUACUCGUCAGGCUCCUCCUAUGGUCGUCCACCCCUCAUAGCACACCACCUUUUACGCGCUAUGAAGCUGCAUGGGGCAGCUUGUAGCUCGCCUAUGGCAACUGAUCAGCUGGACCCAAAAAUCAUGUUCACCCCCCAUCUAAGCCCCUAAACUCCCCCUAGUUGGGUGCUACCGGGUAUUAGGCCGCGGCUGCAGCAGUUGAGGGCGAUUGGUGUUACUGCGACAGCACCAGCAGCUACCAGCAAGCAGGAACGCAAGGCGGUUUACUACUUCACGGAGAGUAGAGGCGAAGGCAGCGGCGGCGCCUGUCUCAUUACAUGCUUCCGCGCCCGCACCUGCAUCACCCCCAUCAUCCGCAGCACUGCCCCCCGCCACAACAACAUCAGUUCCGCCAUCAUCCCCGUCAGCCCAAGCUAAGCAGCAGCCCGCGGCUGUCCCACGGGUCACUCACCUCCCCGUUACAUGCAGCCCCAGCCCCUCUAGCCUCCAUCCAGCCACCCAGCCCGGCUCCCCAACCAUGCCGUACCCACCGAGUCGUACUUCCCAUCGGGCUGUCGUCGUACUGUCGUACGGCACCCGCAAGCCGGUUGCUACUGCUGCCAGCUGCCGCGCUGCCGUACAGUUUGGGUUUGCUGCAGCUGCCUGCUCCCGUUCCCUCCGCCACCUCCCUGCCUGAGGACCCGCCGCUGCGGAGCGAGCUCAUUGACCUCACUGCCGAUAUAAAGCGUUGCGGAACGUGGCAGCAACUGAGGAGGCUUUACUGGAGGCACCGGACGAGGCAGGGCGCAGUCAACGUGGUAUCGUACUUCACUCGUCUGGCGGCGCUACUGCCUGACCUCCCAGCCCUGCUACUGCCGCUCGGCGACGGCGGCGAUGCGGAGGAAGACGAAGCGGC